UAUCACUAUAACAGAAGGACUUAAUCGGCCCUGGAUGUUUGCAGAACUUUACAGCCGGUCCCCUGCCACAAGGGAGCUCACGUCUUUCAGCUUUUCUGAGUACCAAAGUCCACAAUCAUCAUGUCUGACACAGAGGAAGUUGAUCAGCAGGUCGGCGACGAAGUCGUAGAAGAGGUAACAGACGUAGAGGUGGCGCCUGAGGCGGCCCCGCAGCCAGAACCAGAACCCGAGCCAGAACCCGAGCCUGUGGCUGAACCAGAGCCAGAGCCAGAGCCAGUAGCCCCAGAGCCAGAACCGCAACCAGAACCAGAACCCGAACCCGAGCCCGAGGUGGUGGAAGAGGUCUUUGAAGAGGAAGAGGAGAAGCCGAAGUUCAAGCCAACAGCUCCCAGGAUCCCUGAGGGCGACAAAGUGGACUUUGAUGACAUCCAGAAGAAACGCCAGAACAAGGACCUCAUUGAGCUGCAGGGCCUGAUUGAUGCCCACUUCGAGCAUAGGAAGAAGGAGGAGGAGGAGCUCAUCGCUCUCAAGGAGAGAAUUGAGAAGCGCAGGGCUGAGAGGGCUGAGCAGCAGAGGAUCAUAGCUGAGAAGGAGAAGGAGCGCCAGACGAGACGCGAGGAAGAGAGGCUGAGGAGGGAAGAAGCUGAUGCUAAGAAGAAAGCAGAUGAGGAAGCCAAGAAGAAAUCUGCCCUGAGCAGCAUGGGCUCUCAGUACAGCAGCUACCUGCAAAAGGCUGACUCUAAGAGAGGUGGCAAGAAACAGACUGAGAGAGAGAAGAAGAAGAAGAUCCUGGCUGAGAGGCGCAAGGCCCUUAACAUCGAUCAUCUCAAUGAAGACAAGCUGAGGGAUAAGAUCAAGGAACUGCACGAAUGGAUGAAGACUCUGGAGUCUGAGAAGUUUGAUCACAUGGAGAGACUGAAGAAACAGAAGUAUGAGGUGCUCACUUUCAGACAUCGCAUUGAUGAGCUGCAGAAACACAGCAAGAAGGGCGCCGCCACUCGCCGCAGAAAGUAAGCGCCUCGUGCCACAGCGCGAGGCAGAGACCGACCGCCACCGCGCGCGGAACACGCGGAGUCUCAGCGACGCAUCUUAAGGCGCAGCCCACAGCGCAGAGACGAAGCAACAGUACUGCAGUUAGCGCUUUACUGGCCGCAGACCUACUAAAUACUCUACAAGACUCUGUGAUUACUGUUUGUCAAAGAUCCACACUCACGCUUUCUCGCCUUGGACUGUUGUUUGGUUCUCAUUUUUUCAUGUAAAUAAAACUUUACUCUUAAUCCUUUGUCAGUAGAUCUGUUGUCGUUUAUCUUAAACAGCAAUAAAGUCCAUGUUUAUA